GGUAAAGCGGCCAUUAACCCUGGAUUGGGUGAACUGUACAAACCGAGUUAACAACCUUGCUUCCAAAAGAUUUCAUUCUGCAUUGCCAACCAUCGGAUUUUCUUUCACCCACCUCCGUGAAAUCUGCAUCAUCUCUGCUCAGCAACGUACCGUUCUAAGCACCUGGUUGGCUGUUCUCGAUUUCAAGGCGGCUCCGCCAUCUUCGCUUAGCUUCUUCCAACCCCAUUGCCACCGCCGUCCCUCGUUUGAAUUCAACUUCAAGGCUCCCCGCCCUCGGUCUCCCUCCCACCUCUGAAUCUGCUGCUAAUGCUCACUUCUUUCGGCCAGCGCGCAUUUGUCCUGCGCCUCCAGGACUUGCCUUCACCAAGAUGGAAGCAGUCUGCAACCAGGCACGGCUGCCAGAUCCUUGUCGACCAGUCACGCGCCCUUAAGAUGUGGAGUUGCCGUUCAGGCAGGCUGCAGAAGAGGCAAUGCAGGCUAACCCUUUCCAGCUUCCCCUCCAAAUUUGCACAGUUCUCCUCCAUACCCAGAAGAGGGAAAUUCUUACAGCUCGAAGAGAAUGUCAAGAAGCCAGCAUAUAUGGCGAGGCAAGUAAACCAGUGCGACGGGAUCUCCAUUGCUACUGAUCUCAUCGACUUCUUGAAUGCUUCCCCCACAGCUUUUCAUGCCGUUGACGAGGCGAAGAGGCGAUUGAGAAAUGUGGGAUUCGAGCAGGUGUCCGAGAAGGAAGAUUGGAAAUUGGAAGCUGGAAAGCGCUACUUCUUCACUCGGAACCACUCCACCAUCGUUGCUUUUGCCAUUGGUAACAGGUAUGUUGCUGGCAAUGGAUUCCACGUAAUUGGUGCUCAUAGUGAUAGUCCUUGUUUAAAGCUGAAGCCUGUCUCCAAGGUAACAAAAGCUGGUUACUUAGAAGUUGGAGUGCAACUCUACGGAGGAGGUCUAUGGCAUACAUGGUUCGACCGUGACUUGACAGUGGCAGGGCGGGUUAUAGUGAGAGAGGAUAAGAAUGGGACUAUUUCCUACUCACAUAAACUAGUUAGGAUUGAGGAACCUAUUAUUCGGAUCCCUACUAUUGCAAUUCACCUAGACAGGACUGUUAAUAGUGAGGGAUUUAAAAUUAACACACAGAGCCAUCUGCUACCAGUCUUGGCUACACUAGUUAAGGCCGAGCUUAACAAAGUGGCAGUUGAAAGUGGCCGUGCUGAAAGUGGGGAAAACAAUGAUGAACAAAUAUCCACUGACGACGGUGGAAAAGGUAACUUGAAGCAUCAUCUAGUUCUAUUACAGAUCAUUGCAAGUAAAAUCGGGUGUAAACCAGAUGAUAUAUGUGAUUUUGAACUGCAAGCUUGUGAUACACAGCCAAGUGCAAUAGGUGGUGCUUUGAAGGAGUUCAUAUUCUCUGGAAGGCUUGAUAAUCUGUGCAUGUCAUUUUGCUCCUUACAGGCGUUGAUAGAUGCAACAUCUACGGAAAGUGAGCUGGAAGACGAGAGUGGGGUUAGAGUGGUGGCAUUGUUUGAUCAUGAGGAGGUUGGAUCUGAGUCGGCACAAGGAGCUGGAUCUCCUGUAAUGCUAGAUGCUCUAUCACGAAUCACAAGCUCCUUCAGCUCAGAUUCCAAUCUUCUUCAAAGGGCAAUCCAGAGUAGCUUCCUUGUGUCUGCUGACAUGGCCCACGCAAUUCAUCCUAACUAUUCGGACAAACACGAAGAAUAUCAUCAGCCCAAGUUGCAUGGAGGCUUGGUGAUUAAACACAAUGCUAAUCAACGCUAUGCAACAAAUGCAGUAACCUCCUUCAUUUUUAGGGAGAUAGCAUCAAAGCACAACCUUCCAGUUCAGGAUUUUGUGGUACGGAAUGAUAUGGGAUGUGGCUCAACCAUAGGCCGGAUCCUGGCCAGUGGGUUGGGUAUCCGUACAGUUGACGUGGGGGCUCCUCAGCUAUCCAUGCACAGCAUUAGAGAGAUGUGUGCAGUGGAUGAUGUGAAAUACGCGUAUGAGCAUUUUAAGGCAUUCUUCCAGGAGGUUGGUCACCUUCAUGCCAAGAUUCUGAUCGACGACAUAUGAUAUGUCUCUCUCAAUGCCUGUUGGGGAAAAUGGUUUCUCCUCUCAUAGGAGUGCUUAAUAUUUUAGAGUUUGUUAUUAGACACUACUUCUUCUACAAGUUGAUGAAAAACCAAUUGCCUAGAGUCUCCAAAUUCGGGGGAAAUAAAUGAACAAGUCUUCCUUCCGACGGACUGUUCCGAGUGUGCUGCUUACAACAAAUACCAUUGCGUUACAGAAUCAUACUAAUACACUACGUUAGAAGCCACCACAUCAUAUGCAAAACUAAAUUGAGCUAAAGCUGCAGUAUAUUUAUUCUCUUAAAGUGCGGCUCAGCAGUUAAAUGCCCUCAACAAUGGUUUGGUAUAGUAGCCGAAAAUUGCAGCCUAAAUAACCAGGAAACAGCAAAAGAUCAGAUAACACAAAUGACAUUGGUUCACUACAUAUCACGAGAGGAGCAAAAGGGCAAAAGGAAAAAAAUUCCCUCUCGAAUCCUAAAGUAAAGCCGACUUCCUUUCGACAGGCACACUAUCAAGAAAGCACUUUCUCAACCUCGACUGUAACCUCUUUGGGAGGUUUCUCGGCAUGAAGAUCCGCAACAACGCCCUUCUGCUUGUAAUAGCUAAUAACCUACAUUUAAGCAAACGAAUUAUAAAGUAUGAGACUCGCACAUGGUCAAUAGUGUGAACAUUUAACGAUGCCAAUAGCUUCCCAAGCAUAAUAUGCAAAGCAUACCCCAAAAUAACCAGUUUACCCAGCUACUCAAGAAACCUAAGCCUUGAUCACAGAGGGCUAAAAAGAUGGAAGAGAAUAUACUGGUUCAGUCUGCUUGUGGAAGGCAUCCAGCCUUGACUUGAGGACUGCAGCGGUGUCAUCUUUGCGUUGAAUCAAAUGCUCUCCAGUUACAUCAUCAACGCCUGGAGUCUUGGGAGGUGCAAAUUUCGUGUGGUAGGUUCUACCACUAGAAGGGUGGAUCCAGCGACCCGUAAUCCUCUCUUCCAAAAUAGCAUCAUCAAUAGCAAAAUUCAGCACCUUAUCAACUUUAACUCCUUGCUUCUCAAGCAUCUCAUCAAGCUUCUGAGCUUGGACCACAGUCCUAGGAAACCCAUCAAGAAUGAAGCCCUUCUGACAAGAGGGCUUCUUGAUUGCUUCAUCGAUAAUUCCAACGACCAAGUCAUCAGAAACAAGUUGUCCCUUGUCCAUAGCCUCCUUAGCCUUGACUCCAAGAGGAGUUUUAGCUGCAACAGCAGCUCUCAACAUGUCCCCAGUUGCCAAGUGACAUAAGCAGAACUCAUCCUUGAUUAUUGGAGAUUGAGUGCCUUUCCCUGACCCAGGAAUACCGAUGAGAAUGAGACGCUUGUCAGGCUUGGAAGCGCACUUCAUGCGGCGGAGAAGCUCGGUCAUGAGAUCCAUUGAGGGAACAUCUUCCAAAGUCGCCGCCGAACUGCUCGCCAUUCUCACAAGGGGGAAAGGAUGCUGAACUCGGUUGCGGAGAGGAGCGACAAGGGAUGAAACGCAAGAGGGUUGGCAGGAUGAGAAAAGUAAAAGGA